AUGCAAGGCAUGGUUCUCGGAUGCUCAGAGGAUACUGUAGUUUUCUCUCUCGACUCACGUAACAUAUCGGAUGCUAAAGGACGCAGGUAUACGAAUAUCGAAAUUGUGGGACAAGACGAUCCUCGCAUGCUACGGAAAUGGAGACUAUCUCGAGGCGCGCGACUUGUUCGCCUCAGAACAACCCUGCGGUCAAAGCCUCUGAUUGCGGCCCUCGUCAAGACCUUGCACGUACCAGAUCCUCACAUCUCUUUGUACCUUCCUAACGACAAUCCGAAUCCUGAGUAUGACGCCUACCUCUGCACAUUGGCGUCUGUGGUCAUGGCCUGCCCCAAUCUCGAAGCGUUUACAGGCUUCACGUCCUUCUAUAACCACACAUUCGAUCGACUAUCACACGCACUCUCGACGAGAGCAAAGCUCCGAGAACAUGCCUGGGUCAUUGCAGAGAAUGACGAGGUCAGAGAACGGAGUCAGAAACAGCUAUCUCCAGGGCUGCUGGACGGACACCAGACCUUCCAAUUCAUGUUGUACCAUGAGCGCUGGAAUUUGCUUGAAACUCUGGGGCUUUGCUCGCCUGGAAGUCUCGGCGUCAUCGAGCAUCAGCUCUUUGUGGACGUCCUCAAUGGGUUACCUUCACUGAAGAAUCUUUGCGUCUCCUCGUUCGAUGCAGAUGAUUUCCAUGACAGGACACUCCUUUCCUUUCCGCCGCUCACCUCGUUGAGACUAGAGGAAUGCGCAGGAAUUACAGAUGCCGGACUCACUCGAUGGGCGGCGAGCCCCAGAGCUGCCAGGAUCGAACGGCUUGCAUUGGUACACCAGAAUAUUUCAAGCUUGCUUACACUGGCCAAGGUACUUACCAGCCUUGAUCGGUUGAGAAAGCUCACUAUUGUCCAGACGGACACGGCACUAUCAGUGCCAGCCAAAUUGGGCUCAGUUGUCUUCCAACCGAUCAUGGCUUCAAAGUCGCUGAAAUUCCUCCACUGGGAUAUCCUUUGCGACCAACGGCAAUUGCCGGGAGAGGCAAACCAGAGCAUCGAUGAAUCUUCUCACUGCUUUGCUUCUCGCUUGAACGGGGACCCCAAUCUCACACCGAAUGACCACUUAGCACUAUCAAUAUCUCACAACGGCUUCCCGGCAUUGACAAAGCUCCGAGCACCGCGCGAUGCAUCGCCCAAUGGAAUUCUUCAGUCUGUCUGUCGGCUAGUGUUGGAUGAUCCAGACGCUACUUCACACAGCCUUUCGAUGUCACAACAGAUCACGGAGGAUCCGUGCUCCAAUUCCCUUCAACUGGCAAGGCUUCGAGCCAGAGCUAUCGCCGGGCGAUCUUCAGAGCAAAGGAAUGUAGCCGAGCUUCAUUCGACUAGCAUUCUGCUGCGUGCUAACCCUGACAAUAAGCAUGAGGCCAUGCCACAAACAGAAAGCGAAAACUCACUUGGCUCACUAAACACUAUCCAGUCUUUCUUAACGGAUAAGAGCACAAAUACUGAUGCUACAGAGCCGCUGCGUCUUCUCAGUCCAGUGUCUCCUCUUUCAGAACAGGAUCUGGCCUACAUGUCAGGGGGAGAUUCAGACAAAGAAGUAGUGCGAAGAAGAGAAUCCGGUGAUGGAAGCGGGAUAUUGGCUUCAAGGCGUGACAGUAUCUGCCAGUGCGAGUCCAAUCCAGGGAGUAUUUGUGUUUGCGGCCCGCAGACUCGGCCACAUCUCGAUCAUAGCGGACCUCCUACACCACCGCCGAGGAGCCACCUCAGGACCAGAUUUGGUUCCUUGAAUCGACCUCCGCAACCACCCGAGGAACUGUCCUCCGCUGCAUCAGCGGAGCCUGCGAGUGGAGCGCGACGUCGUUCCCAGUCCUCAAGCGCUGCGGCAUCAACGAUUAAGCCAAGGCACCCUAUGUUCUAUCUCGAGCCAGAUGUGGUAGGCCAUGACGAAAACGGUGGCCUGGUCGGGUGGGCCGAGCUUCUUGGAAUCCGCGAGAAGGCAAAGAAGGGCUGUCACUGUACUGAAACAACGCAUGAACGCGACGCCGCACAAGGAGAGGAAGGUGUUCAGGAUAUGUGUACAGGAAGCUGGAAUCCGUGGCUAAAGGACAACAGCACAGGCAGUGGUGACCUUGUCGUAGUCGAUGGAACCCCAAUUUCCACCUCCGGGGUGGCGAGCUUAGGACAAAAGUGGAAGCUGAAGUCAAAGGGGAAGUCAGCUUCGAGUUUGUCUUUCUCUUCCGAUCUGAAAGCUGAAUUGCAACAGAGACAAUAUAACAGACGGAGACAUGUCGCUCGGCCAAAAGGGGGACGAGGCGGGUGUAUUCAACUUGGUGACUUCUUCUGA